AACUCAAAGUAAACAUGACAAAUUGACUAUAGAAAUAUAUUUUAUGCUAAAAAUAAAUUAAAUAACAAAUUCUACAAGCUGCAGGGACAGUGGUACAAGUCACCAGCCUCGCAAGAGAAUUGCUAACAACGUGGUGCUCUGGGAGAAUGGGGAUCGAAGCAAUUAGGGCAUACAGAGCGGUGCUCAGAGCAACACGUCAGACUUUUGCCGGCGACACCAUUAUGCUCCGGGAAUCCGCCGCCGAAGCCCGGAAGAAAUUCGAGGAGAACCGUCACGUGACCUCCCCUGCCGAUCUCAGCCGCCAUCUCGAGGAGGCGAAUGAAGCCACCCGCUUCAUCUCAACCAUGAUCGUUCAGGCCAAGCUCAACGAUCGCGGAGGUUACGAAGUGAAGCCUGGAAAAGAGCAUGUUGGGGCAACACUGGAAAUUCCUUCGGAAGAGAUUCUCAAGACAUCCGCAUAAAAGAAGCGAACGGGGAAACCAUUAUCAUGGAUUAGUACAAUGAUGGAUCAUUUGGUGAGAAUGUCCGAUUGUUCUUCAUUUUAUGCUUUCUUCUGAAGUCUAUCAAAGAAAAAAAAAGAAUAUUGUUUUCUUUUUCGCUUACAUCGACAGACACCCUCGUGUAACACACUUACUAAUCUUUGCUAUAUUAGUCAUUGAAUAACAAGCCGAGUAGAACAGUGAGUUUAUGGCUUUGAGUGAUGUGUUUUGUGCUGUCUCCAUUAACUACAUACAGCAGUUUACAAUGCAUCGUACUUUACCUAGUUCCAUACAUGAAAAGAAGUCGAGAACUUCAAGAUGGUUAGAAUACUUCGUGUAUGAAAACGAUCACGUUUUUCAGAUUUUAUCAUUCGACUUGUGUUAUUGCAUUU